UGUAAACACGGCCAGUACAGUUUGCUGCAAGAUUCGACCGGUGGCGGAUGGACAAUUUGAUUUUCUGAUUGGAAAUCGUGGAGAAAUCAAACAUUCAUUGCAUUCUGAACGUGGCUAUUUGAAAUCCGUGCAUCUGAUUCGUAUCCAUUUUGUGCAAUAGCAUCAUCAUGUUUUCUGUGUGGAAUCUAUUUAAUUUUCUAUUAAUUUUAUUUCUCAGCUAUCAAGUGUGGAAAGUGGCUGCCUUUGACCAAGACUGUCAGCCGGAAGACUCUGAAAAAUGUUUACUUGUAAAUUCAUUGCAUGCUGCAUUUAAUAAACGUGCUGAAAGUGUGGCAUAUGAUAAAAAUCAACAAUCGGAUAGUGAUGAUGAGCAUGCAGCGAUGCGGCAACAGUUAAAUUCGGGCAAUGAUCGUUUGGGUGAUUUGUUGGAUUUAAAUUCGGAGCCGGCUGUCGAGGAUUUAAUGCGUCAGAUCAUGUCACAAGCAAAACUAUGGGAAGCAAUUCAAGAGGCAAAUCGUGAAAUGGUUAUUCAAAAAUCGAAUGCAGCAUCGAAGGCACGCGAACGUUUUCCAUUAGCAUUUAGUGCUCAAUGAACGUGUGAGCGAAUGACCAGCUAGCAACUGAUAUAAAUCCCGUGGCAAACAUAGAAAUAAUUCAAAAAGUCAAAAUCAUUUAUUGAAUCUAUUACAAAUACACUUAUUAAAAAAAAAAAAUCAACAACAUA